AUGAAGAAAGGUUAUCCACAAGAAGCUGCAUUUGACCAAUUUAGGGUUCAAUCACAUAUAACAAACCAACGUUCCAAUACAUAUAGGCCUCCAUUAUUUCAAGCACAGCAAUUUCAUCCUGAAUUACAUUUAUUACAACAGGUAGCAACAUCACAAAUACCAUCACAUCCACAACUACAACAAGUAGUAGCAUCACAAAUACCAUCGUAUCCACAACUACAAGGAGUACCACCACAAGUACCAUCAUACCCACAACUACAAACAGUACAACAAACAACUCCAAAACAACCAAAAAAACGUGGACGACCUCGAAAAAAACCUUUAAAUCAAGGAGAAGUUUCACUGCAAAGAUCGCAAAUUAGUACAAGUGUACCUGGCUAUCUUGCAGCAUCUCUUACUGGGCCGCAACAAUUUUCUCAAGUGGUCAAUAGUGCACCGUGUUCUUUUGGUAACAAUACACAUAAUCAGCCGCCGAUUUAUUAUAAUACACCGCCGUAUGCUGCGUCGUAUUUUCCACCUACGUAUGGCGCACCCCCAACUAAUACUUUAGUUGCACAGAGAAAUUGGGACCAAAGUGCGGCGCAAAGAGCCAGACCACAGAACCAGACCGUAAAUACUGGUGUGCAUUCUGUCAACGCAAAUGCGUCCACCCAACACUUACAUCACAAUUACAACCUUACCUCGCAGACAGGAGCACAGCAUAUUGCUAAUCAAUACCAACAACAAUAUAUUCCAUAUUUCACUCAACCGAGUGAACAGUCAAAUUCAUUUGCUACAUCUGGAUCUACUCCUGCUUAUGUUGAGCCGCUACGUGGCAUUGAGGCUAUAGUUGACGGCAUAAAUGCGGGUUUCGAUAAUAGAUAUCAGAGUCAUAUCUCCAAUUCGAAUACAAGAAUUAACAACGUUUACGUUAAUCAACCUUGUAAUCAGACAUAUGCGCAUCCAGCAACGAUUUCUACGUACGGCGCAUCUUCUUUCGAAGUUUCACCGCUGAUAAAUUCUGCAGAGCGUGUGGUGACCAAUAUAAAUGCGCCUGCCAACAAUACGCUUCAAAAUCCAACCGUCAACUCUGGAGUAGCUACACAAUAUAAUAGUCUAAGUACUAUUUCGUCUCUUGGAGGUUGUACAUCGUGUAUAGAGACAAAUUUGCCCGAUACAUGCAGCAGCACCACUUCGAAUGCACCACGGAAGAAACGGACAAGAUUUAAAGACACAACGACAGACGUUCUAAAUGUGCCGAAAAAGCGCGCCAAGACAGAGUCCAAAACUUCUAGCAGCGCAAGUAAAUCUAAGAGCACCGUCGUACAGAAUCCUUCUAGCUCUUCUGACAAUAAUCUGAAAGAGCUUGAUUCUUCUAUUCAAAGUGAAGUUUUUAAUACUCAGCCGCAAGUGCAGGAAACAGCACUUAGCACAGAUAAUGCAAAUGCGCAUGCUGAGGCACUAUUGAAUACUUCUAAAAAUUUCAGUGAAGAAGAAUAUAAUUCAAUCAUAGAAAGGAUAGAGCUUCCUAGUGAAGUAAAUAAGAUACUUGAUGAUAUAGCUAGAAAGAAGCUAGAUGAUAAGUUUGAAGAUAUCAUUCAGGACGCGAGAAGCAGUCAUUCUACGCCGCAUUUUUCAAACAACGAGCUGGCUCUUGUGACUGAGAAUAACGACGCGCAAUUGUCGCAGCACCAAAAAAAAAAAAACUCCAAUAACUUUGGUGCGUGCGCGACGUUCGUCUCACCGCACACCAGGGCGUCGCCCACUGAAACUAGCGGCGUGGCGGUCGAGACGGAGUUUUUUAAGGUGUGCUCCGCGGGGGAGCGACGGUCGUCGAGCGGUACAUCUCCGACGGCCGUGCAACCACCGUCGUUGUCAUCAUCGACGGUAGCAACCCUGCCGACUGCGGUUGGCUGUGUGACAUCAUCACACAGUCACCCAAACUUGUUUGUCCCCGUUGGCAGUAAUUACGGCAACGCCGGCGGGGACAAUACCGAGGGUUUUGCUGAGCAAUUUUUACUUAAGCAAACACCCGUACGUUCAAGACCAAAUCAACAGCCGUACAGACAACAUUCAUCUCCUGUUUUGGAGUCGAUUGGGAUCCAUUUUACGGACGACAUAUUGGAAGUAGGACCGGCCACAGAACAACUGGCUAACACGUCUCCAUAUAUAAUCGCUGAUAACAGCACAGCGACGGGCGAACACCAACACGCUCCGACAUCGGACAUCACAUCCGAUAUGAAGUAUGAGUCGCAAUCAGGCCCACCGUCGGCCCAACCACAUAUGACCUCGACGGGCGUUGAACCACCUCAUAGCAGCCAGGGUCCAGGCAUGAUGGUGGGUAGUUCACCAACAGAUGCCGAAGGGGUCACCGUUAUGCUACCGACGUGGAACGGUGGAACACCGGACUAUUUGGACCAGUCCGGCAUUAAGCAGACGACUCAAAGUCUAUCAGACACCUGGGACUCGCUGCUUAUAGAACAAUCGCUAGAUGUCCCACAGCCACAGAUAGCGGCGGAUAGAAGACCAUUGCCUUCCUUCGUUGGCUAUACUAGUCAUCUUAGUAUCAACGGAAUAUCAGGUCUUCACUACCACGCGAUAGCAUCGUCGGCGCAGCGCUCAGUGAUACCGUCUGGCUCACCAACACAGUCAACCAAUCCAGAGUACUACGCCAGUGUUGUUCCUGACACGCAGGAGUAUCAAGAGCCACCUGUAGUAUCUUCGAGCACUCCGUGUCAACAAGGCAGCCAAAAGCAGCAGCAACAGCAACAGCAACACAGUAGUAGUACACAACAUUGCAAUCCUCACCAGCACCACCAUCAUAAUCAUCACCAGCAACAGUUACCACAGUCCACACAACAGAUUGAACUGGAUAUCGAAGCUGAUAUAGCACGUCUUAUUAGUAACGCUAUAGCAGCAGAUACGACAGUAUCAAGUGGAGGAAGUAGUGGUAACGAUACCAAUAGUGCAAAUGAUGGGGCGACUGGGAACGGCAGCAACGGCGGCAGUUCCAGUCUAGUUCAAGAUCAAGAUACUACGUCCAGGCACACGUCGCCGUGGAAUGACAUUGUUGACUGGUUUGACACUGCUUGCUCCACGAAUAAACAUCAAGAGACCAAUAUCUACACCGUUUAUUCGACAAGCUCGCCAGUGCAGACCCAACAACAUAGUUCCGCAAUUCCCAACUUGUUAACGUACUCGCCUUUAUUGCAAGCGAGGUUACAAGCAGGUAAUGCGGAAGCUCCAUCAUCAACAAGCACUUAUCCGCCUGUCAGUCCGCCGGGAAGAGUCUCCACAUCAGGUAGUCCUGACCAAAAUUUACAUUCCUCGUACAAUGCUCCAUCACAUUCCCGGAAAAGGUCACGAGGAAGCCAAGGAGCACAAAACCCCGCGAAAAAAGCUGCCGCCGCAAUAUCUUAUAGUAACGACGCCAGCAUGGCAGGCGGCAAAGAGAAGCCAGUGCAUCGGUGUUCAAUUUGUAGUAGAGGUUUCUUGAACAAAAGUAAUAUUAAAGUGCAUCUACGAACUCAUACAGGUGAGAAGCCGUUUAAAUGUACAACUUGCGAGAAGACAUUCAGGCAAAAGGCACAUUUAAUUAAACAUCAACAAAUCCAUAAAAGGGGCAGCAGAGAUUAAGCUUCCUCCCCUGAUUUGAAGUACCUAAAUUUGUUGAUGUACCUACUUUGUUAGUAGUAAUUAUAAUUAUAAAGAUUGUAAAUUUAUGUUAGUUGUAAGGGUAUUAUAGUUAAUUUAUAUAAUUUAUUAAUAUGUAAUAUUCUCAAUAACCGAGAAAUUAAUUGUAAAAGAUUAAGGAAAAACGCACGCUAAAUGGUUGAGGGAGGAGCGGUCGCAGCUCCAUCGAGGCUGAUAUAGCGCAUCAGUAACGCUAUAGUUGCAGAUAUGACAGUAUCAAAUGAAGGUAGUAAUGGAAAUGAUACUAAUAGUGCAAACGAUGGAACUACUGGAAAUGGCAGCAAUAGCUGUAGCUCCAGCUUAGUUCAGGACCAGGAUACUUUAUUGCAAGCGAGGUUAAAAGUAGGACUACUCGAUGUGGAGACUCUCCCAGGCGGACUGACAGGUUGAUAAGCACUUGUUGACGAUGGAGUUACCUACUUUUAACCUCGCUUGCAAUAAAGUAUUUUGGUCCUGAACUAAGCUGGAGCUACCGCUAUUGCUGCCAUUUCCAGUCGUUCCAUCGUUUGCACUAUUAGUAUCAUUUCCAUUACUACCUUCAUUUGAUACUGUCAUAUCUGCAACUAUAGCGUUACUGAUGAGACGCGCUAUAUUAGCCUCGAUGUAGUUACGAGCGCUCUUCCCUCAACCAUUUAGCGUGCGUUUUUCCUUAAUCUUUUACAAUUAAUUUCUCGGUUAUUGAGAAUAUUGCAAAACGGUAUGUUACUUUUAUGUUCAUCUCAAUCCGCUCUACGUCCUCAUGAGAGAUUGUAAAGGUGAUCUGGGACACCAUGUAUAUAUAAUAAGUGUGUAUAUAAUUUAUUUAAAUGUAAUAUUAGGCGAAAGCUAUUCUUAUCGGUAAUUCACGAUCAGAACGAGAGAUGUUCGACAGAUCAAGUGUACAAUUAUAUAAAAUACACAACAGUCAUAUUUAAUUAAGUGUGCUACGACAAACAACAUAAACGUAGAGGAACGAAGGUUGCUCUCUUACGGCGAAGAGGCUACCAACAUCGUAAAGGAGAUAUUAGAGUGUAUCUAAUUUGGAGAAAACAAUUUAAACAACGCAAAUUACAAAAAAACUACUUGUUCUGACGAAAGUCUGAGAGAGCUUCUUGAUACCUUUAUUCAAGGUGAAAUAUUUAAUACUCAGCCGCAAAUACAGGAAACACCACUAUGCUUUUUGCCUGAAUGUCUUCUCGCAAGUUCGAGCCAGCUUGUUAUCUGAGAGAUUGGACGGCGCAAGAUUGCUGCUGCUUGCGUAUUGAGAGAUAUCAGACGUAUUUACCUCAUCUCUAUAGAUGACAAUAUGGGUACAUACGCUUUUUUUACUUAAAUUUUCAAGGGAAGUAUUCAAAAGUUCCUCAGCACGCGCAUUUGCACUAGAUGUGCUAAGUGGUGUUUCCUGUAUUUGCGGCUGAGUAUUAAAUAUUUCACCUUGAAUAAAGGUAUCAAGAAGCUCUCUCAGACUUUCGUCAGAACAAGUAGUUUUUUUGUAAUUUGCGUUGUUUAAAUUGUUUUCUCCAAAUUAGAUACACUCUAAUAUCUCCUUUACGAUGUUGGUAGCCUCUUCGCCGUAGGAGAACAACCUUCGUUCCUCUUUUAUGUUGUUUGUCGUAGCACACUUAAUUAAAUAUGACUGUUGUGAAUUUUAUAUAAUUGUACACUUGAUCUGUCGAACAUCUCUCGUUCUGAUCGUGAAUAUUAAAUUACUACGUGAAUAUUAAAUUACUACUGAUCGUAAUAUUAUUAAAUUUUCAGAUUACUUACAUCGUACAUAUUUAAAAUAAAAAUAGCUUUCGCUUAUAAGUAUAGUUUAUAACUACCUUGUCAAUAGUUAAUCUACGUUGUCCUUGUUAAUAGUUAUUAUAUCUUAAAAGUACUUAUAUUAUAAGUGUUUAUAUUAAAGAUUUAUUAAAGAUUUUCCGUUUCUAUACAGUGAUAUACACUACGUGUAUAUUUUUACAAAUAAAUAUAUUGACAGAAAGUAUAUAUUUAAUUGACGAAAUAUUUUGUAUGAUUAUUCGAGUGCGCAGGAAUCUCACGGCUCUUGAUGUUGAUUGUAGAACUUACUCUCUAAAUUUUCUGGAAUAAAAAGUGGUGACAUUUUCACUCACGAGGCGAUAGUGAAAAUACUGCCACUUGUAAUCGCAAAAAUGAAUGUUCCGCUCAAAAUCAGAAUGGAUUUUGGUUCCAUACGAAUGGAUAUUUCAAUCAACCGGAGUGAAUAUGUUUCUCUAAUGGUGCAUCAUUCACUCUUCAGUUUUUAGUGAAAAUAUUCAUACAACGAUUUGAAGUGGAUCUUUCGCUUUAUACGAACGAAAGAUGACUCGAAUUCGAGUAACUCGGCUGUCAUUCUGCUUUGCGAGUGAAAUCUCAUACCAGAAAAUUUAGGGAAUACGAUACGUGUUGUAUAUUUCUCUCAUUGAUCGAUAAUCGCUCAUCUUGUAGCGUCCGUUGAGUCGUACUGUUCGGUAAAUAUAAUAAUUAAUUUGUAUAAAGACGGAAUAUAUGCAUUAUAUAUAAAAUCAUGUUCAAUACAAUGAUUGUUACCGCGUUA